AUGAGAAUUUUGAAACCAUAUUUGAGAAGUACUUCCAUCCAAUGCUACUUGUGUUUACUUCUAAACAGUCAUUUUUUAACAGAGGCUGGCAUUCAUGUCUUCAUUUUGGGCUGUAUCAGUGCAGGUCUUCCCAAAACAGAAGCAAACUGGCAGUAUGUAAUACAUGAUUUGAAAACAAUUGAGCAUCUUAUUCAAUCUAUGCAUAUGGAUGCCACUUUAUAUACUGAAAGUGAUGCUCAUCCCAAUUGCAAAGUAACAGCAUUGCAGUGCUUUCUCCUCGAGCUACGCGUUAUUUUACACGAGUCCAAAAAUGCCACCAUUUAUGAAAUAAUAGAAAAUCUUACCAUGCUAGCAAACAGAAAUUUAUCUUCUAUUGAGAAUAAAACAGAAUUGGGAUGCAAAGAAUGUGAGGAACUGGAGGAAAAAAGUAUCAAAGAAUUUUUGAAGAGUUUUGUACAUAUUGUGCAAAUGUUCAACACUUCUUGAUUGCAGCUGAUCCUUUUCCACAUUUCUAUUAUUAACAAACAUCUUUCCACGGCUUAG